CUUUGUGCUGGGGCAGCUAACGGCAGCCGCAGUCGCCGCCGCUCCCCGCCUGGACAGCGUGCCCGUGCCCGCCCGCUGCUUCUUUCUCUCUCUUCCCCACCCCCCUCCUUCCUAUUCCCCCUCCCCUCGCCCCUGCCGCCGCCACCCCUCUCGCCGCUUCCCCCCCUCCUCCCCUUGCCCUCCCGCUCGCCAUGUCGCUGGGAGCCGGCCCUGAGGCGGGUUUCUCUAGCGAAGAGCUGCUGACCCUGCGCUUCCCCCUGCACCGCGCCUGCCGCGAUGGGGACUUGCCCGCCUUGUGCGCGCUGCUCCAGAGCUCUCCCCGCUCCGACUUGGCCGCCGAGGACUCCUUCUACGGCUGGACGCCCAUCCAUUGGGCCGCGCACUUCGGCAAGCUGGAGUGCCUAAUGCAAUUAGUAAGAGCUGGAGCUUCUGUAAAUGCCAGUACAACACGUUUUGCUCAAACACCAGCCCACAUUGCUGCUUUUGGAGGACAUCCACAGUGCCUGAAUUGGUUGAUUCAAGUGGGGGCCAACAUAAACAAACAGGAUUAUGUUGGUGAAACUCCUAUUCAUAAAGCAGCACGAUCUGGUAGUAUGGAUUCCAUAAGUGCCCUUGUGGCUCAUGGUGCGCAAAUAGAGUUUAUGUACUGCAAAAAACAUUCAGAAAAUCUCACAAACUUUUGCAACUUACAGCAUGGACAAAAUGGAUGCAGUUUUCACCUAGAAAUCUUGAGAAAUGCCAGUGGCCUGACAGCAGCAGACCUUGCACAUACCCAGGGCUUCCAAGAAUGUGCCCAGUUUCUCUUGAACCUCCAGAACUGUCACCUGAAUCGUUUCUAUAGCAAUGGCACCUUAAAUGGGGUUAAUCAAAAUGCAGGUCCCAAUCCGUUCAGUGGUGGGACAAGUCGAAAGAGAUCCUUUGAAGACAUGGAGUCUGCUGGAGUAAAGAAGGCUAGAACGGAAGCCUACAGCUUUGAUGGCUUAAUACCAAUGAUGAACGGAGGAGUUGAGGACGAUUCUGACAAUAUGCACGUUGAUAGAGAGUUUGCUGUUGUAUCAGGUGUAUUUCUUAAUGCAGAUAUGAAUAGCAGUAGCUCCAUAUUGAAUGCCCUGACUAAUGGAUGUGCCAUCAAUGGGCAUUUGGAUUUCACCGCCGCGCAGCAGCUCAACAGCAGGAUGGACGCCCGGCGCGAGGAGUGUUUAACGUUAACGCCUAACGGGAUAAUCCCCGGCAUAACUUCUCCCAGCAGGCACCGAAUUCACGCCAGUAACGGCACCGAGGAACCAGAAAAAGCCAUGAAUAAUUCCACCGACAUGUGUGGGUCUCUCCACCUGAACGGCAGCCCGAGCAGCUGCGUUUCUAACCGGCCCUCGUGGGUGGAAGACCCUGGAGAUACUUUGCACUAUGGACACUACCACGGGUUUGGGGACACCGCCGAGAGCAUCCCCGAGCUUAGUAGUGUUGUUGAGCAUUCCAACUCUGUCAAGGUGGAACAGAGGUACGACAACACUGUCCUAGGCACAAUGUAUUUGUAUCACGGUUCCUAGGUGAAUGACCUUUGUGUCAAGCGUGUACCGAAAUUGCUACCAAAUGAAACGGGGGUGGGGGGGAUGGAAUCCCCGCAAUAGCAUUAAAUUUGAAGAUUGCAACUUAUGGCUAUUUUUACACUUUGUUUAUAUGAAAAAGUAAACCUUUAAUUUGACAGCCUUAUGCAAUAGUUGUAGUUCGUUGCAUGUAUGGGGCUUAUUUAGUGAUAAAGUAGGUGCUGUUAUGAUGGAAUGUUGAUUUUUUUCCUGUUUUUUAUUAUGGAAUGUUCUGGUUUUGUAUUUUUUUAUUUCUAAGCUUGUGAACACUAUCUAUCCCUUUUUAGAGCUGUUUUCCCUUUUAUUAAUACACUGUUUAACUGAAUUUUGUGAAGAAAAUGUUACGUAUGUGCAUCACUUAGAAGUGAAGAUGUUUCCUUUCCAUAUCUUCUGCUGAAGCUAUGGUAGCAAUAUCAAUGCCAGCUAUCACUAUGCAAGGUUGAAAGUGGCAAUCUUCUGGAGCUUCUCUGACUCUAUAGUUUGUACCGUUUGUUUGCUGCAAUUAGAUGUUCAUCUUUCCAGUUUUUGAACAAGCUGUUUUAAAAAAGCGCAGAGACAAAAUUGGACGGAGUUACCGUUUUCACUUUCUGUGGCGUGGAAGUGCUUUUUCCUUGUCGUUGGGCUCUUUGCAUUGUAGGGUGGGAAACUGGGCUGCCUUUGUUCGGUCGCCGUGGGGUGUUGCCUCAGGUUAGCUCCGAGUUUGUGACGGUUUUCUUUGGCUUCUCUCCUUUCUAUGUACGCUUGAUAUUUUACCAUAGCUCACGGACCGGAGGCAUGUUGGCACUGUUCUGCUUUGUACGCAGUUAAAAAUUGCUGUUACUUGUUAGAGAAUUUGCCGAGUCAAAAUAUUUGAGUUUGACUGUCUUGGAUAUACAUUUAUUGUCCUGUUAUUUUUUUUCAACAUAUGCUUCGAAAAUGUAACGUUGUGUAGCCUUUGGGCUAUGCUCACGGGAAAUACAUUGUAUUUAAAGCUUAAUACACAAGUCAAAAAAUUCAUAUAAGUGCACUAUAUGAGCACUAAUAAUAUAAGUUGCUGCUUUGUGUUACAAUAAGUGAAGAGUGGGGAAGAAUAUGGUAAAUGAGAUAAGCCCUCUGAAUUGUGUUGGUUUUUUUGUUCUUGUUUUGUUUAAAAAGGGACCUUUCCAAAUUGGAUUAAAAAAAAUAAUAAAGAAACGUAUUACAUUGUAUCUAAA